GUCAUGGUGUGGAAGAUUUAGGGGAUGCUUCUGCUGCAGCGGAGAAUGACAGGAUGAGAGAGGGAGAGCGAAAAAAGAUAGAGCAAGAGACGGGGAUGCUUGUUUAUUAUAGGGGCUGAAUCGGGUAUUCACUUAGCAGCCGGAGGAAAAAAUGAAGAUGGGGAGUAAUGACUGAAUAUAGUCUGUUGGGCGAUACUUCAGAGAUUUUGUCAGGCAGCAGGAUUUGAUUUUGAUAUUGUGGGAGCACCAAGGAAUUGUGUUAUGUCUGUGUGAAGAACCGGCAAAGCUGUCCUCAAGAUUAACACUCAUGGUCUCAUAAAUAGGGGCCAGCUUCAUUACCUGCCUCCCCUGCCUUGGUGACUGUGAAGCAUGCCGGUUACCAGGGAGCUUCCUCAAUGAAACCACAGUGAACCAAACAAAAUAAAAAAUGAGAGAUUAACAGCCUGGCGACGACUACAGGUUCUGCUGCAGGCCGGGCAGCACCUCUACAUGAUCACAUGACUCUUGAUAUGGAUGCGGUCCUGUCAGACUUUGUUCGGUCCACAGGGGCAGAACCUGGUCUGGCAAGAGACCUGCUGGAAGGUAAAAACUGGGACUUGAGUGCUGCCUUGAAUGACUAUGAGCAGCUGCGGCAGGUUCACACUGCCAACCUCCCCCAGGUCUUCAACGAGGGACGGUACUACAAACAGCAGGAGCAGGACCAAUCCCAGCCACUGAACAAGAUCGAGCGGACUGGUCUUCAGAGACAAGAUGACAUUGCUCAAGAAAAACGUCUCUCCCGGGGAAUCUCUCACGCGAGCUCAGCCAUAGUCUCCCUGGCUCGCUCCCACGUUGUGAGCGAGUGCAGCAGCGAGCAGUUCCCUCUGGAGAUGCCUAUUUACACAUUCCAGCUACCCGACCUCAGCGUGUACAGUGAAGAUUUCCGGAGCUUUAUUGAGCGGGACUUGAUAGAACAGUCAACCAUGGUGGCGUUAGAACAAGCAGGUCGUCUGAACUGGUGGGCCACCAUGUGCACCAGCUGCAAGCGUCUUCUUCCACUGGCCACGACCGGGGAUGGAAACUGUCUCUUACACGCAGCCUCUUUAGGAAUGUGGGGUUUCCAUGACAGGGACUUGGUAUUGAGGAAAUCCCUCUAUACCAUGAUGAAGAGUGGUGCUGAGCGGGAGGCCUUGAAGAGAAGGUGGAGGUGGCAACAGACGCAGCAAAACAAGGAGUCUGGUUUAGUUUACACAGAAGACGAGUGGGAGAAGGAGUGGAGCGAGCUGCUCAAACUGGCUUCCAGUGAACCUCGUGCACACUUCAGCAAGAGUGGAGGCAGCGGUGGAGGCGUUGACAGUUCGGAGGACCCAGUGUAUGAAAGCCUGGAAGAGUUCCACGUUUUUGUGUUGGCUCACGUGCUGCAACGGCCAAUCAUAGUGGUGGCAGACACCAUGCUCAGAGACUCUGGGGGAGAAGCAUUUGCACCAAUUCCAUUUGGAGGCAUCUAUUUACCUCUGGAAGUCCCACCUAACCGGUGCCAUUGCUCCCCGCUUGUCCUGGCCUAUGACCAGGCCCACUUCUCUGCACUGGUAUCCAUGGAGCAGAAGGACCAGCAACGGGAGCAAGCGGUCAUUCCUCUGACUGACUCUGAGCACAAGCUGCUGCCUCUGCACUUUGCUGUUGAUCCUGGGAAGGACUGGGAGUGGGGGAAGGAUGACAACGACAACACCAAACUGGCCAAUCUUAUCCUGUCUUUGGAAGCAAAGCUUAACCUGUUACACAACUACAUGAAUGUAACAUGGAUCCGCAUUCCAUCUGAAACAAGGGCUCCUCUGGCUCAGCCAGAGUCUCCCACAGCCUCAGCGGGUGAGGACGUCCAGUCGCUGGCUGACUCCAUGGACUCCGACCGAGAAUCUGUCUGCAGCAACUCCAACGUCAACAAUGGCAAGCCCAGCAAAGAGAAGGAGAAGGAGAAACAGAGGAAGGAGAAAGACAAGAACAGGACAGACUCUGUAGCCAACAAACUUGGAAGUCUUAGCAAAACCCUGGGGAUCAAGCUGAAGAAGAACAUGGGAGGGCUGGGGGGCCUGGUUCAUGGAAAAAUCAACAAAUCCAACAUGAGUAACGGCCGGAACGGGGAGAACGGCGAGAAGAACAAGAAGAAGGAAUUAAAAUCCCGCAAAGGGAGCAAAGAGGAAUCCGGGCAGUCCUCCAGCACCUCCCCGUCGGAAAAUACUAUAAGCCCAUCUCCCACCAAUAGAGCAUCGGGAAUGUCUCCUGUGGAGAAGCGCAACAGCUCAGCGAAGCCCCCUGGUGAGAAACAGUCAGACCAAUGGAAGUACAGCACCGACGUGAAACUGAGUCUGAACAUCCUCAGAGCGGCCAUGCAAGGGGAACGAAAGUUCAUCUUCGCAGGUCUCCUUCUGACCAGCCAUCGACACCAGUUCCAUGAGGAGAUGAUUAGCUUUUACCUAACCAACGCCCAGGAACGAUUCAGUGCAGAGCAGGAGCAGAAGAGGAAGGAAUCUGAAAAGAAGCCAGUUGUCAAUGGGACAGCUGCUAAGAAACCGGAGCAGGAAACGUUCCAGAAAGAAAAGGCAGAAAGCUCACCGCGAGAGGGCUCCUCUCCAGUCUUGCAACAAAGCCAUACUUCGCAGCUGGUUUUGAAACUGCAGGAUCGGCACAGCCCCACACCAGGCCCUUUCUCCUCGCCUAGCAAUGGUGCUAAGAAAUCUGGGCCCAUCCCAGUGUCUGCCCACUAUAGCCAUACCCCACCUAUCCAGAGGCAUAGUGUCAUUCAUCUUCGAGAUGUCAACUUGCAGCCCUCAAACUUCCAGGACAACACAUACAAGCCCAAAGUUGGCACCCUAAAGACGUGUGCCACAUAUCCCCAGCAGAACCGUUCACUGUCUUCUCAGAGCUACAGCCCAGCUCGCUUGUCAGGGAUCCGUACAGUGAACACGGUAGAGUCUCUGUCCUACUCUAUGCCUGGGGAUCACAAGUCCCACACUUACACCAACGGCUUCAAUGCCAACGAUGUUCGGGACUGUUUGGAAUAUGCAGACGAGGAUUCUCCCCAGGUCUGGUUAAACCAUGACAGAACCAAAGGUCGCAGCACAGUGUGCCCACCCUACUUAAUCCAACAAAACCGGUGCAAGAAGGAGAACUGUUCCUUUUACGGCCGUUCUGAGACUGACAACUUCUGUUCGUACUGCUACAAAGAGGAGACGAAACAUAGAGAAAGGGAAGGCAAGAACCACAAGCUUGGAUAGUCCAUACUCCAGCACCAGCCCACGUUAUCGGCUGGCUGAAGCAGCGUCAACGGGAGUCCUCUUUUGUCCUGAAGCACUGAAGGAUAGAAUCUUCUCCUCAGCACUUUGUGAAUAAUCUACAGUAGAUCAUAACAAAUGUCCUACUCUAUUAAAAGAACUGUUCUCUUUUUUUUGUGUGUCACUUCUCUCAAUAUCAAGGGACACUGUCACUUGAUAUUACACUUUGUGGAGCUGAGAAUUCCAUUUACAGCUUUGGCCAGGGAUUUUUAUUUUUCCAAAGUUUAGUUUACAGAUACAUUUUAGUUCAAUAAAUCAAAAAGGUUACCCACACUAUACCCUGUUGCUGUUGAUUGCAUAAAUAUAAAUAACUCAUGCGAGAAACACACAUUGUGUAGCACAUAAAAGAUAACAAAUAUCUGAGUAAAGCAAAGAUCAGGGACGAUGUGCAAAGAGAUAAAAAAAAAAAAAAAGGAUCAGUAGAAAUCACCACGUUGAACUUUUAAAACAAAUUAUCAGAGGAAGACGGAUGUUUAACUCAUUAGAAAUUCAAUUUAAACUCCAGAAAAAUACAAGCGUCUGGAAGUAAUUUCUUACAGCAAUAAAGGCAUUGGUGUAAAUGUAUGUAUUUUAUAAUGCCACCAUAAGGCUUCUCCCUAUGGUUUUGUACAGGGGAAGAAAAAAAAAGCCAUAGAAACUCAGUUUGGUUUAAGCAAUACAGCAGACUGCAGACCUAAGCAAUGUCUGUAACCUGACAAGAUGUCUGGCAGCCAAAAUCUAAAAAAUAAAGUCAACACAGGUUUUUAAAUCCUUUAUUUAAACUGAUUGCUAUAUCCUGCUGCUUUACAUUGCUCAGUGACAAUUCUAAUUAAAAAAUGUUCAUGUUUAGAUUAAAAAGACCCAUGGCAAACAUAUUAAAAAGACCACUUAUUUUUUCCUCUCACUGCUACGCUUGUGUUAGAUAUAAAAAGCAGUUGCUGCUAACAUGCACAAAUUCCUGUAGAACACACAUGUGCCAAAAACAAUUACAACAAUGGAUUUUGUCCAUUUGAAAAGUAUAGAUUUGCAGUUGUUCUCAGGUAUAGUAUAGUGAAAUAAAAUGCUCCCCAGAGCUUUUUGCUUGCUGAUUUCAGUUCUACAUUAAAGGAAAUAGUGUUCAUGACACAUUAUGCACAGGCAAAGACACACAGGAGUGCAGCUGGAUGAUCAAAACAACCAACUAGAAAAUGUUGAUGAGAAGAAGCAACCUACAUUAAAGGCAUCACCCAAGUUAAGCUACACUGAAAAUAUGUAUUUAAUGUUAUAACAUUGUUAUGCAGGCUUCAGUGUACAUGGUUGGUGUGCCCAACAAAAACAGUUCCUUUGAUUAGCUUGUAAAGUUUAAUGCACUGCCCGGCUGAAUUAAUAGUCUGCAGCCACCAGAUUUUGACAGAAUAAUACGGCUAUAGCUUAAUAAAGGUAACAGAUAAGACUACUGAUCACACUGACCACACUGAUCUUCACACUCGAACAUUAAGGCUGUUUCAUACUUAAUUCUUGCGACUGUACAGUUGUGCAAUGCAACCAGCUAUAAUUCAACCCUGGCGAUCACUGUCUCUCGGGCGAGCAGAGACAGGUCACAUGAUUAGCAAGACGAGUAAUCUCCCUUAGCUACGGUUACAUGAUCAUGGUGUGAACUAGCUUGAAUUGGAUGCAUCCUUGAGGUUUUGACAUUACAGAGUUAGAAAUAUUAAUAGCUGAAAUUGCUUGCUUAAAUAUUUUUGUCGAUGGAACUCAACGCCUGACUUCUGUCAAAACUGACAUGCUGCACUGCGCGGUGGCUGUAUGACUAAAGGGGAAGAAUUUGAUCCACCUGUAUUCCAUGAGGAUAAACCUCAGCUAGAUUUUCUGGGAUAUCUACGUAGGGGUUCAUUUGUGCCGUAUUGCAUCAGAUCCCAGAUCUGGUACCUUUUUUUCUGACAGGCGAGAACUGUACACUUUGGAAAUUGUGAACCGACAAAAACCUAGCGCUUGUUGCUCCUGUUCACAUGAUUAGUCAGCCCGCUGCUGGUAUUGUUCAAACCUGCAGAUUAUAUUAAAACAUGGCUUGGCAAAGGUUGACCUGCAGCUACCAACACCAACAGUAAGGCUGAUACAAUCCAGGAGGAUACCCAGUGUUGUAAAAUCAAAUUGACCUCUGAAUAGUGAGCAGGCAGGUGCUCCGGUCAAGCUCUGGUCCAUGCAUUAAAGAUACUUCAGGUGAUCCUGUAUAGGAAACCAACUCAAGUGCUGCUACAGUCUCAUUCACAACAGACAUCAAAAUAUACUGACGAUUUUUCAGUCAAAGUUAAUUUCACUAUUUAGUGUAGUAGCACACAGGUACAGUUUAUUGAAGUGUUCCAAGUUGAUGCAUUGUGUUUGGCUGCACUUGAAUGUAUUGGUAUGCAAAAUGCUAUAGUGUAAUGUACUGUAUGCUCUCCCUGACCAUGACUGUAACAGUUUUUUCAGCUCAAAUUCUAUUUGUACUCAUUCUGCAGUUACCUUCCUCUUUGUAUGUAAGUUUCAUGGACUCUCACCAUUAGAAAUGUAAAAUAUUGUUUUAUAUUAAUUUGAGAAUUGCACACUACCUUAAAUUAUUCAUUUGCACAUUAGAUGCUGAUGUAAAUAAUGAAAAAAAGAAUAGUUUAUUGUUUAAAAAAAAAAAAAAAACAGGUGUUUGUGUGUUUUGUUUGUGGACUAGAGAAUGUGAUGUGUUGGGAAUUUACAAGCCAAGGUUAAAUUGUAAUAUAGAAAUUAUUUUUAUAUUAUUUUCACAAAAUGCCGCAAAGCAAUGUUUUGCGCUUUUUAUUAUGGACACAGUUGUCACUUUGGUAGGUUGUUUUACUGCAGAACUGUUAGAAGAAAAUAACCUUGAAAAAAAAUGAAAAAAAUAAGAGCUUUGUAAAGAAGUGUUUUAGGUUAUGAAUAUUUAGCUUUUGGUAGAUUGAGACAUGUGUAAUAAUUCAUAUACAUGAAGUUGCUUUAUUUGUAUUGUUUAUUCUCUAUGUAUUACUUUAUACUUAUGUUUUGGACAAACUGCCAUUAUAUACAUACAGGGUUGGGCAUGAAAUUUGUUUUUUAUUUUCUUUCUUUUAUUUAUUUAUUUUUAAACACCUUAUUAUAUGCAGUUAAUAAAAUUGGCACGACUUGUCUGGUCACAUGUAAAUAACCAUGGGAGAAGUGUAUACAAAAUUAAUAAAUGCAGACUAGCAUUUUCUACUACAUUUACAGUGCUACAGUGUGACAUGGUAGCUGAAUACACACUACUAACAAUCCUUUGUUCAAAAUCUGAACAGAGUGACCAAAUCCAGAUCUGACAGCUAUGCAGGUCUUGUGUAAAAUAAAAAUACCUCUGAACUCUUUCAAAUUGAUCCUAGUGUCACAUACUGUGGUUCUGGGUCUUCCACUUGUAAUAGGAGACACUUAGCAGGUUAGCAGUAACCAACUAGCAUCAUAUUGCACUAUGCUUGUGUAUAGUAUUAGCUUUGCAAGGGAUAACAGAUAAUCGGUGACAAGUGACCAAUGUAGACUAUUAGAAGUGCAUUCUGCAUUGUGCUGAACCCACACGAUACAGCCCUCUGUUUAAGAGCAACGCACUGCAACAGGACUUCUGCUUUUGCACCUCUGCAGAACCCUUCACUUGCUAUUCAAUCAUACCUUACAAAGGCUUUUGCUAAGGGGAACAGGGAGCCUAGCCCUACGUAUUUGCUAUUCAUCCCCUAUAUUAAAAGCUAUUGUUCCCUGCCAAAGACUUCAGUAGGUGAAGUGGUGCGCAGGACUAACGUAAGAAAUCCGCUCUGAAAAAUAAAAACACUUACUCUGCACAAUUGCCAGUCACUACACAAUUGCAAAUUUAAAUAGUUUAUACCAAUCUUGUCAAGAACAACAACAACAAAAGCCUGUUUAGUUAAUAUUAUACUGCCAUGUUUGUCAGAUAAAACCUUACAAAAGGAGACAAAAAUAAAGAAAUAAAAUCUUCCCCUUGUAAAGCCUUCAGUUUGUGUUGUGGAAUUUGUUUGACUCCUCAGUAAGGCCAUGUGUGUAAAAGGUUAAAUUAAUGCAGCAUUUCCAUCUGUACCAUGGAACCAGGUCUGUCUCAUCUGAUCAUGUUCCCAUUUCAGGCUGGGGCUGCUGCCGGUUACCUCUGCAUUAUACAAUCUGAUCUGCAACGGAGAUCACCCGACAGUCAAAGAUCACCUUUGUGUCGUGUUUUUGUAUAACUGCUGAUUAGAAAUAAUUUUGCCAACCUCUUAUAUUUCCCUGACAGUAUAUUAUAUUCACAGCCUCCGUGUUCUGCCCAGAUUUAAAACCCGCCUCUUGUGUCCUUCACAUUGGUCAC